AUGGCUACUAAAUUUGCUUCAGGUUUCGCUGCCUUAAUCCUCAUAUAAAAAAUUUUAUAAUUAUCUAUUAAAAAAAUAUGUAUAGAUUACUAUUAUAAAAAUAAAUAAAAAUAAAAACAUUUAUAGGCGGAAAAUUAAUACUUCUAGGGGGAGGAGCAUAUAUUAUUGGGUCUCUAUCAAGAGAUUCCGAACCGAUAGAAGCUUGUAGAGAACUUUACAGUCAAUAUGAAGCAACCAGAGAAUCAAGAAAUAGAGAAAUCAUUAAAAAUGCAAGAAGACAAUACCUUGAAUGCUAUUAUAAGCAUAGCUAUGGGGCUGAAGACUAA